AUGCCCAUCCUUAAAAAAGGCGGCAAGAAACUCGAUCCGAAAGAAAUAGAUUCGCGUGAUAUAAAUAAUCUUUCCUUCUUUCUUUCUGUCACUCUCCUUUUCUUUCUUUUUCUCUCAGGACACAUGAAUGCACGCUUUCAUCCUAUUCUAUCUAUCUAUCUAUCUAUCUAUCUAUCUAUCUAUCUAUCUAUCUGUGUGAUCAUCAUUGAGAUCCUAUCUAUCUAUCUAUCUAUCUAUCUAUCUAUCUAUCUAUCUAUCUAUCUAUCUAUCAGUGUGAUCAUCAUUGAGAUCCUAUCUAUCUAUCUAUCUAUCUAUGUCUAUGUUUAUGCAUCCGUGUAUAUGUGGUCCAUUGUUCCUUCAAUUGCUCUUUCUUCACACUCUCUCUCUCUCUCUCUUUCUUCUUCUAUAUGUGUAUGUGGUCCAUUUUUCUUUCAACUACUCUUUCCUCGCACUCUCUCUCUUUCUCCCUCUCUCUAUCUGGUCAGUUCUUCAUUUUUCCUAGUUGAACUGAGACGGACCCUUGAAAGUAAUUGCACGCCAGCCGGGAAGAACAAAUGGCGGAUAAAUAAACAGUCUUUUUCCACUGAGAAACAAUAUUUAGUUUUUUCACCUAUUGCUCUUACGGCCGACUGCCCUCUCUGA